AUGACGAAAAGGUCAAGGAAUCUCGGGGGGCGGGCGGCGGGCGGCCGGGCACCGGCGUGGGCGCACAUUUGUUUACGCGGCAGCACUCGGCAGUGCGCGCCGAGCACCGUGCGAUACCACCCUAUAUUCAGUUCACGGCCGCUCUAUUACCGGACAUCUAUUUCGGCGCAUAAUAUUCUGUACGGUGCUGAACGUUCAGUUUCGCGCGGGCAGGUGCGCGCGCCGAGGCCGAGAGAUGCGGCGACGGGACCGCGCGCGCCGCUGACGACCGCCGGCAUGGAGCGACGACGCCCCGCGCGCAUCGACGCCGAACCCAUGACCAAGACCGUGCGCCGAAGGGAAAAGCCUCGGGAGAGAUGGCUCCUCACGAGGAAGACGUGGAAGUACAUGGCAGAUGCGGGCCGCCGGCUCAUCCCGGACGGAGCUCAGAACCGCCAGGAGGACGUCCCGAGGAUCGAAGCGUACUUCCAGGAUGUUUGCCAAAGGGAACCGCGGUUUCUACUGUGGCGGAAAAGUUCCUAUCCGGGUGUGCUUGCUCGCCCUCGCCGCAAGAAACGUGCUCGAGGCGGUUCCGUGAGGGCGAGAUCGCCUUCAGAUGACACCCCGGUGGCUCCUGUGCGUCCAACAGAACUGUUUAUUCCGCACACCUCUGGCGGUCGGUUUGAUAUCGCGAAAUUGAGAAGAGAUUUCUUCGCUAACCCACCGCCAUCUUCAUCAGGUUAUAGUCCGUCCAAUGUAGCAUUUAAUGCCGGCGCCAAAAGUGUUAGUACACAAGUUGAUAGUAGGGAUAAUGAUGAAGGUGUGUUAGUUGAUUUAUUACGAAAGUACCUGAAAAUAGAGGAGGAAAAGAGCACCUCUCAACUUACAGAAUGCGAGGAACUAAUGCAAGCGCUUCGGAAUUACCUUAAAAGGCAGACUGAGCGUUCACCGUCUGACUCAGAUUCGGACCCCACCCAGAGGAUACUCCGAGAGCAUCUUAAUAGGUAUUAUAGUAGAACAUCAAACACCCAGCCUGUACAGGAUAUUUUAAACGACAGGAAUCUGUUAAAAAACCUAUACCAUGAUCUUCGUAAAACAAAGCCGUAUCGUGGCGGAAGGAGUGGAGGAAGCGGUGGGGGUGGUUACAGUGGAGCUUCCAUGUUUAGUGCAUCGGGCUCUCGGGUCCAUUUUAGGGGUAGAAAUUUAUGUGAGACAUAUGUUAACGAUGAAGACUGUCCACCGCCGAUGUCACCACCACCGCUGAUCGAGGUUCUCAGUGAGUCCCAAGAGGAGCGGGGCGCUGACGUUGGAACACAAACGGAUCCAAUCCCAGAAGAUGUACUACAGGAAUUAGAAAAAGCUUACAGGGAGAAACUGGAAGCUCCCACAUCCCCCACCAGUCCCACUAGCCCGCCACCGGAACGGCGACCACGGCGUCGCUCAAGCGUCGACCACGACGAUGUGUCACAGUCAGUGAGUGACACUAUUAAACGCUACUUAAAAAUGGCACGUAAGAAAAGCGUGGACGCGGACAAGACUGAUCGUUUCAAACGCAUUAAUUACGAUAAGAAUCUCCGAAAUAUAAAGCCGCGUCUACCGACUGACGUGGACGAUGAUGGGCUAAAUAAGGGGGUUCAGACAGACGAGGCGUGGAUUUUAAGGUAUAGGGAAUUGCAAUUCUCAUCUGUCGCCUCGACUCCUACGUCUCCGACUCAGUCGCACUCGUUAUUGGGGUCUCUGUUGGGUCGAAGUACAUCGGUGGCUCCCCCAGGUGGCAUGCAGAAGUCACGGUCGUCGAGCAGCGUGGUGCAAAGUGUCAGCAAGCGGCUAUGGCGAACGCGGAGCCGGUCCUCCAGCCGAGCUGCCUCUUCGUGGACACCUCAGGGCAGCUGUUGCUGGACAGACGGGUCCGGGCGCUGCGUGAGGCUUACCGACACCAGUUUGCUGACCCUCAGCGAAGUGGAGAGAAGGGCUUUGCAGCAGGCCGCUUUAGCCAGGCUGCAGCAGCUCAACAUCGGUACUCCUAUCAAGAUACCAGAAGAUAACACUUCAGCAGUUACAACAAAGCCGAAGAGACGAGCAUAUCUUCUAAAGAGAAAAGCUCUCACCACGGGCUUCUUUGACCAGAGUCGAAAGGAUACUGACAAGGAAAAGGAGCCAACGGGUAGCGUGUUCGGUGUCCCGCUCGCCCAAUGUGUGGAGACAGAACGCGCCCUUCGGAGACAGCAGCACAGCGGGUCCCGGGCGUCCCUCGCCUCUCUCAGUACACUUGAGAAAGGAGAUGAUAGUGAAUCCUGUGACUCGGGUGAUUGGGGUUGGGCUGGGCUUGAAGAGGCGGGCGGAGGCAGGCCCAGGGUUCCAGCUCUGGUCUCCGCUUGUUUGGCCCAUCUUCGCCGACAUGGUCUUCACACCAUGGGCCUCUUCCGAGUCUCCGCUUCUAAGAAGAGAGUGAGACAAUUACGUGAAGAUUGGGAGAGGGGACAGGAAUCGGCUUUAGACGACGCUCUACCUCAUGACGUAGCGACGCUCCUAAAGGAGUUCCUCAGGGAUCUGCCUGACCCGCUUCUUUGCAGAGAUCUCUACGCAGCCUUCUUGCAGACUCAGAAAAUCCACAACAGAAAACUGCAAUGGGAAGCUCUACGGUACAUAGUGCAACUAUUGCCAGCAGCUCACAGGGACACAUUAAAUGCCCUCUUGUCCUUUCUGUCCCAACUGGCCUCGCAUUCCGUGGAUGAUCACCAACCUGGCAACAGAAUGGACGCGGCCAAUAUAGCUACUAUAUUUGCACCAAACAUUCUACAUCGGAAUAAACCUAAUGAAACGGCAAGUGCCGAAGAAUUAGCAGAGCGUACAGACGUGAUAAACGUGGUGCGACAGUUGGUGGAGGGGCAAACGGAACUUUGGACUUUACCGGCAGAGUUACUGCAUGAGGCCUAUAUACAUCUAGCGCAUACCCAACCGGGACAUCUAGACUCGCUGCUACUUAGGAGAGCAGAAGUCGCAGAAGCAAACGCAAACUCAGACAGCGGUGCGCGUCGUGUCUGGGCCCGGGACCAUUUUCUGCAUGCCGCUACAGCAACUGCCACCACACAACCUAUUCCGUCUAGUAAUAAUAUAAACCACGAACGCAACUCGGGUCGACGCACACGCGCUAGAGAAGCUACUUCAGACACUUCAUCGGGUUCAAUGUCCUCUGCAAUGACUAUUGUCACAAGAGUACGCAGCAGUGAAGAAUGCACUAGCAGCGGUGUGGUGUGUUCGCCUCCACUGAGGGACUCUGCGCCUGAUUCAAAUGAUUCUGCUAGUGAUUAUAAUGAGACAGGAGCAUGUUCAGAGGAUGAAUGCGUGAUAACAGCUUCUCUGCACAUACCUGCAAUGCGUCCUCGACGGCGUUCCACCUCGGGAUCUUCAUCAUCAGCCAAACGAGACUCAGCUGUGGGUUCCUCACCGGCCUCGCCUGCCUCAGUUUCCAACGCAUCUUCACCGCCUGCCAGUCCACCUCCCAGAGUACCGGAGCGCCGGAAUGAUAUAGAACGACUCGUCGCUUUUGGACGGGAACGUAAUACAUCCGACGCGCGGGCGGUAAUAGUGCGACAACACGACGAAACGUCCGUGUCUCGAGCGACGAGGAUAUCGCGAGAAAUAAAACGCGAAGAAGUCGUUCGAAACGAUCAAACUAUCAAAAAAGAAGAACAGGCUAUGCGAAGGAAUGACAUCGAUAAGAGAGAUGAUAUGAGAAGAGAGGACCAAGCCAGAAGAGAUGAUCUAGUCAGGAGAGAUGAGCUAGUCAGAAGAGGUGACCAAGUCAUCAAGAGAGAGGAGAGGCGGGAAGGAACGAUGCUUUACAAGCGGGGCGAGCUAAUCUCAAGUGCGCAGACUCGCCCCGCAUGA